AAAUAAUUAUUUGUAGUUACUAUUUGUAUAUUUCCCUAUCCCUCUUUGCUAUAUUUAUUUUGAUAUUAAUCUGUUUAACCUGAAACCAAAGAGCAUUCCUGGUUUAGGCUUUUAUUCUAAACCACUUUUAGUUUAAGUGUUAUGUCUCAGGGGAGAGAUAUAUGAAGAAUUCAUGGUAGUUGGAAAUUUUCUGUUAGAUUAUCACCUGCCAUUAAAAAUAAGUGCAAACCAUGUGAUGUUAAAGUGAAUGUAUCACAUAUCAUAAUCAAAGAUGAAUCAAAGUAAUUACCAGCCAGGCUGAGAGUGAAUGGAACUCAAAACCAAUUAAGCUAUUUAUUUCAACUGUACCACUGAAUAAACACUUUAGUGUUUUAAUUUGCUCCUCUUUUCAUCUGCUCCAGGAAUAUGUUUGCUAAUAUGACGGAGAAGCACAAUUGCUAUUUAAUUAACCUAUUUUUGUCAGCACCUCACAUGAGCUGCGUAAGUAGAUGUGUUAAAGUCUCAAUAAUGAUGAUCCUGAUAAAAAUAACAAAUGUGAAAUUUGUACCAGUCAUUUUUACAAUAUUCGCAAAUUGCAACACCCAAAGAAUAAAGGAGGUAGGUUGACUUACAGAAAUUGAGUUGGAAAUACUUGCAAAUACAUGUUGCACCAAUAUGAAGUAAUUAAAUUUAGGAUAAUAUUAGCAGAGUUUGAUUCCAGCCUCGUUGUUUCUGACACAGGGCUUUGUUACAAAUAACUAGCAUCAGGUUCACAGUGAUAGAAUUGGUAAGGAUGCUGGAGUGCCUGGGAGCACACAUCUUUUCCGAGUCAGGUAUCAGGUAGGAGAGCUGCUUAUCUGGUUCUUAAUAGAGUUAUCAGAGUGAUGAUGCACCUGUCACUUGUUGUCUGCGAUCAGCAUCAAAGCCCUAAGACAGAUUGGUUUGUGGUGAAUUAGAGCAUGAGUAUUUUCCAUGGGAGAUGAACUAGCAAUGAAGAUGGCCACCUUUCUACUUUUAGGUAGUAUUAGAAACGAAGCUGGGACAAUUCAAGUGAAAUCUGCUGCUGGUGUAGCUCAGUGGUAGGCCACCUGACCUGGGUCUGAUCCUUGAAAGCAGGAGAAAGGAAAUAAAAACCUCUUAGGUUAAAUAUAGCAGGACUCUACCCACAAGAGCACAGAGUUCUGGUCACGGACACAAUGAAGACAAACUUUGAGCCUUCACCCGGAUGUUUCAUUCUUGAGCAGACUUUGAUAGUUACAGCUGUUUUCCUCGAAGCCUGACUUCUGUUUAUCCUGCCAAACAAUCUGCAGCUUUCAGUGUCUUAAGUCCUGGAAAUGGAAAUCACAGCUUAGCAGACAGUGGGUCCUGGACCCCCUGUGGUAACAGUGGUCAGCAUUUUCAAGUCUGGGGCAAUGAAAACAAGCCUAGUCUAGCAUUGAACUAAUGGUGAUCCUCCUGCCUCAGCCUCCAGAGUACUGUAACACCACCUUCGACUGGAAGACCCACUUUUUAGUUCUUAAAACAAUAUUAGAAUGCUGUGUCCAGAGUCCUCAGAGGCCUGGACCAAUGUCUUUUACUAUGUAGAGAGAUGUGCACUGUCUAUGUGUUAUUCUGAAAAGAUGAACACGUUUGAUCUGAGAUUCAGCAUGAUUUCCUACUCGGGUCCAUUGUGAGAGGUAUAGAUGCAUGUACUUGUAAGGAAACCAAGCCACAGAAUGGAAGUGUCAUAUUGUAGAUCACCUGUGUUUUCCCAGUAAAAUGAAUAUCAUAAUUCAAAUGUUUGUCUUCCUAAAUGUUUUCCCUUCUCCCAGAAGCUCUUGAACUACAGGUAGUUGGCAGGUGGUGGGACUUCAAUCUUGCAGGCACAUUAGUUUUUUUUUUUUUUUUUAAGAAAUGACACUUGUUUUCAAAAGGAAAUGUUUAUAUCCCAAACACAGAGUUUGGUUAAAUUUAGAUAAAUGUCUUCAAGGGCCAGAAAGUAGCCUACACAGGCAUCAUCAAGAGUGGCAGAAUUUUAAUAAAGUAUAGGAAAUGUGUCCCUUCUAAAAAUACUCAUAUUCAGAUUCUAAAAUCUCCCUAUUGCCAAAGCAAGCCAGUCUGUAAACUUCUAGCUUGGAACCCCUGGGGAUGUUUUACCAUGCAGAUGAAAUAAAACACGAGUCUACAUUAGCAGCUCCUUUAGAUUCCUAGUGAUCUCAAGAAGCCUGCCUGCCGGACCCUCUGCUUGAACAUCCUGUUCCUUAGUCACUGGAGAAACACAUUUAGAUGUGGAAACCAUCCAUUGGGAACGGAUUUAAUCCAACCUGUCUUUACAUAGACUAAACUUGAAAAGAAAACACACAAACACAUUGCAUCAAAUCCGUAGGGAAAAUAACACUGCAGCCUGGGAGAUGCUGGGAAACCGGAACAGACAAACCAAAUCAUCGUAGGGCAAACCCACCAUAUGUAGCAAACAACCAGUGCAAUUAUAUUCCGCAGUUGAGGAAUUACAUAAAUUGCCCACUGGGAAAGAAGCCUUAAUCUCCACCCCUCCCAGCAAAUCUACAGACAGCUGUGCGCUGUCUCCGUGUCUUUCUGAAAGGUUGAACAUAUUUGAUCUGAGAACCAACUUGAUUUCCUAAUCAGGUUUGAUGUGAGAGACCGGUUAUAGAUGUAUGUGAUUCUCCCGGUGUGCAUCUUUGAUUCAUGCGCUAAUUACGUCGAUCCUUUGGGGAGCACAACCACGGAGCUGGGUCCUCCUUGAUUAAUGCUGGCAGAGAGCCACGCAGCGCGCAGCAGAGAGCCGCUCAGCAGCUCCAGUCCCAGCUGAGAAUAUGGUCCCAUUAUCUCCCAGCUGCCUAACCAAUCCAUAAGGGCCUGUUCUGCGUGGAUGAUCAGUGUAGUGGAAGCAGAAACUCGCUGAGAGCUGAAAUCUCUGAUUUGCUGUAACAUGUAAGACGAACUGGGACGUUUUACUUUACAGUCUAUUAAAGGUUGCGCAAAACUUAAAAGGAGCAGAAGCAGCAGUUCUAUUCACUCGUUAUUGGACUUGAAACUCCUUUGACCUCGGAAACUGAAGAUGAGGUUGCCAUGGGAACUGCUAGUACUGCAAUCAUUCAUGUUGUGCCUUGCAGAUGAUUAUACCCUGCACGGCCCAGUUUUCGUUCAAGAACCAAGUGAUGUAAUGUUUCCUUUAGAUUCUGAGGAGAAAAAAGUGAAACUCAGCUGUGAAGUUAAAGGGAAUCCAAAACCUCACAUCAGGUGGAAGUUAAAUGGAACAGAUGUUGACAUUGGUAUGGAUUUCCGCUACAGUGUUGUUGAAGGCAGCUUGUUGAUCAAUAACCCCAAUAAAACCCAAGAUGCUGGAACGUACCAGUGCAUAGCAACAAACUCGUUUGGAACAAUUGUAAGCAGAGAAGCGAAGCUUCGGUUUGCUUAUCUUGAAAACUUUAAGACAAGAACAAGAAGCACAGUGUCGGUCCGUCGAGGUCAAGGAAUGGUACUCCUGUGCGGCCCGCCACCCCAUUCUGGAGAGCUGAGCUAUGCCUGGAUCUUCAAUGAAUACCCUUCCUAUCAGGAUAACCGCCGCUUUGUUUCUCAAGAGACUGGGAAUCUGUAUAUUGCCAAAGUAGAAAAAUCUGAUGUUGGGAAUUAUACCUGUGUAGUUACCAAUACUGUGACGAACCACAAGGUCCUGGGGCCACCUACACCACUAAUCCUGAGGAAUGAUGGGGUGAUGGGUGAAUAUGAGCCCAAAAUAGAAGUGCAGUUUCCAGAAACAGUCCCAGCUGAGAAAGGAACAACGGUCAAGUUGGAAUGCUUUGCCUUAGGAAACCCAGUCCCAACUAUUCUGUGGCGGAGAGCUGAUGGAAAGCCGAUAGCAAGGAAAGCCAGAAGACACAAGUCAAAUGGAAUUCUGGAAAUUCCCAAUUUUCAGCAGGAAGAUGCUGGCUCAUAUGAAUGUGUGGCUGAAAACACUAGAGGCAAAAAUGUAGCAAAGGGACAGUUAACUUUUUAUGCUCAACCUUACUGGGUUCAAAAGAUAAAUGAUAUCCACGUGGCCAUGGAAGAGAGUGUCUUCUGGGAAUGUAAAGCAAAUGGGAGGCCCAAGCCUACCUACAGGUGGCUAAAAAAUGGUGACCCACUGUUAACACGGGAUAGAAUACAAAUCGAACAAGGAACACUCAACAUAACAAUAGUGAAUCUCUCAGAUGCUGGCAUGUACCAGUGUGUGGCAGAGAAUAAACAUGGAGUUAUCUUUUCCAGCGCUGAGCUUAGUGUAAUAGCUGAAAGUCCAGAUUUUUCAAGAACCCUCUUGAAAAGAGUGACACUUGUCAAAGUGGGAGGUGAAGUCGUCAUUGAGUGUAAGCCAAAAGCAUCUCCAAGACCUGUCUACACCUGGAGAAAGGGAAGAGAAAUACUAAGAGAAAAUGAAAGAAUUACCAUUUCUGAAGAUGGAAACCUCAGAAUUGUCAAUGUGACUAAAUCGGAUGCUGGAAGUUACACCUGUAUAGCCACUAACCAUUUUGGAACCGCCAGCAGUACUGGGAAUGUGAUCGUGAAAGACCCAACCAAGGUGAUGGUUCCCCCUUCCAGCAUGGAUGUUACCGUUGGAGAAAGCAUUGUUCUUCCAUGCCAGGUGACACAUGAUCACUCCCUGGAUAUUGUGUUUACUUGGUCAUUUAACGGACGCUUGAUAGACUUCGACAAAGAUGGAGACCACUUUGAGAGAGUUGGAGGGCAGGAUUCAGCUGGUGAUUUGAUGAUCCGAAACAUCCAACUGAAGCAUGCUGGGAAAUAUGUCUGCAUGGUCCAAACAAGUGUGGAUAAACUCUCUGUUGCUGCUGACCUGAUUGUAAGAGGCCCUCCAGGUCCUCCUGAAGCUGUGACCAUAGAUGAAAUCACAGACACCACUGCUCAGCUUUCAUGGAGACCUGGGCCUGACAACCACAGCCCCAUCACCAUGUAUGUCAUCCAAGCUCGGACUCCGUUCUCCGUGGGCUGGCAAGCCGUCAGCACAGUUCCAGAACUCGUUGAUGGGAAGACAUUCACGGCAACUGUGGUGGGUUUGAACCCCUGGGUUGAGUAUGAGUUCCGCACUGUUGCAGCUAAUGUGAUUGGCAUUGGGGAACCUAGCCGGCCCUCCGAGAAACGGAGGACAGAAGAGGCCCUCCCAGAAGUCACCCCAGCUAACGUCAGUGGUGGAGGAGGCAGCAAGUCUGAACUGGUUAUAACCUGGGAGACAGUCCCUGAGGAAUUACAGAAUGGCAGAGGCUUUGGUUAUGUGGUAGCCUUCCGGCCACAUGGCAAAAUGAUCUGGAUGCUGACAGUGCUGGCUUCCGCGGAUGCUUCCAGAUAUGUAUUCAGGAAUGAGAGCGUGCGCCCGUUCUCUCCCUUUGAGGUUAAAGUGGGUGUCUUCAAUAACAAAGGAGAAGGUCCUUUCAGUCCCACUACAUUGGUGUAUUCUGCUGAGGAAGAACCAACUAAGCCACCAGCCAGUAUCUUUGCCAGGAGUCUUUCUGCCACAGAUAUUGAAGUUUUCUGGGCCUCCCCCAUUGGGAAGAAUAGAGGGCGGAUUCAAGGUUAUGAGGUAAAAUAUUGGAGACAUGAUGACAAGGAAGAAAAUGCUAGAAAAAUACGAACAGUUGGAAAUCAGACAUCCACAAAAAUCACCAACUUGAAAGGAAGUGCACUGUAUCACUUAGCUGUGAAGGCAUAUAACUCAGCUGGGACAGGACCCUCCAGUGCGACAGUCAAUGUCACGACCAGAAAGCCACCACCAAGCCAACCCCCUGGAAACAUCAUAUGGAAUUCAUCGGACUCCAAAAUUAUCCUGAACUGGGAUCAAGUGAAGGCCCUGGAUAAUGAGUCAGAAGUAAAAGGAUACAAAGUCUUGUAUAGAUGGAACAGGCAAAGCAGCACAUCUGUCAUUGAAACAAAUAAAACAUCCGUGGAGCUUUCUUUGCCUUUUGAUGAAGAUUACAUCAUAGAGAUCAAGCCAUUCAGCGAUGGAGGAGACGGCAGCAGCAGCGAGCAAAUCCGAAUCCCAAAGAUAUCAAAUUCCUAUGCAAGAGGAUCCGGGGCUUCUACCUCCAAUGCGUGUACACUGUCAGCCAUCAGCACAAUAAUGAUCUCCCUCACAGCCAGGUCUAGUUUAUGACAAAAGUUAUCUAAAGGACUUGCUAUUUAUAAUGUAAGCAACAUUUAGCUAGUUGUUUUGAAGACACCCAGUACUAAGUAAUAUUGUUGUUCAAGUACAUCUUAUUACUGGAAAAAAAAUGUUUUUUGCUUCGUUAGGAAUGGCAUUAUACAGUACUUCCUCAAAGCAAAUCUAGCUUUGUCUGAAGUUUCUUUGGAAACUCUGCAAUGCACUGAAGACAUCUGUAAUAUGAUGUUACCAAAGCAGUUUACAUAUGUCCUUAUAUGCAUAUUUUUUAUUAUAUAUUUAGUGUUUUAUAGAAUUUUUUAAAGUUAACAUAUAAUGUAGAUAUUGGUUUUUUUCCUCUGCUGUAAAAUGCUCUGGGCAACAUAACCACACAAUUAUGAUUUGAGACGAUUUCCUUUAAGGACAGAGUUUGAAACUCAUCUCAGUAAAUGAAUUACAAAUGGCUUGUACAAUUUUAUAAGGAUCUAGCGACAAAACAGCUGGAGACUAGGUCUGUAACUCAAGGCUGCUGUAUAUAAAUUAUCCCUUGAAUGGUUAAUGCAUUGAAUCGCGUCCCUUUGACACAUGUGGUAUGUUUUCCCACCCUGUUGUGAAUUUUGUUGUUCAACACACCUAUAGAUGGUUUCAGGAACUGCAAAUCUCAAAAGCUAAACUUCCCAGCCCAAGAGGCGCCUUGUGCAAUUCUCCCACCCCUGAACUUAGCAUUGUCUGAUAAGACUUCAGUUGAGCAUUGUCUUUGUAGUAGCAUUAUCUUAGGCAUUGGAUUUGAUGUGACAUAUCCUGUAGUAACAUAGACAAAAAGUUACUAUAGUCAAGUCUUUCAUGGCAUAAAAGGUAAUUUUACUCUUUAGACAUAUCUGUUUUUGAAUGUAAGUUUUUUAAUAAGUAAUUCUGUCAAUGAAUUUAUAAUUUCAAAUUUUCUUAUAGAUAACAUGUGUAACUGUAAUGAUAGAAUCCUUCUUUUUGAAUGACAAUAACAUACGUAAUUUGAAAAAAUUUCCUAUUUUAGCAAAAAGCUGCUGCAAAGAAUUUUCCAUAAGACUCUAUGAACUAACAGUAGUACAAAUGUAUUGUAUCUUGAUGCCUCUCCUGUUUUGCAGUAACUAGUCUGGUUGCUUUAUAAGCUUUACAUAAAUCUUAAAAUCAUACAGUGAAAGAUGGCAAUAUCGACAAAACCUUAGUCUCAUGAAAAGAACUCUUUGUUACGAUGGGGGAUGUUUUGUAGGCUGACAAGGGUGGAAUAGAGAAGGCGAUGAGAUUUUCUAUAAAGCUUUUCACAUUCAAACACAAAGUCACCUUUUUCCUCUUUCUUGGAGAGCUCACGAUUGCCUGUAAUUUGUCAUUUUUACUUACACAUAACAUAGCUUUUCAACCUUCUAAUUAUACUCAUCCAAUAAAGUCAUCAUCAGGAUUCCAUUUGCGUGAAAAUUAGGAUGGUAACAGGGAAAAUAUUGUCAGUAUUUCAGCUGUGUUCCUUUCUUAGUUUGAUAUGCUUUACUUCUAUGUUAAAAUAUGAUUUAAAAAUCACAUGCAAAAAAUCAACAUAAUAAUAAAAUGAAUGAAAAAAAAACCACCUGAUACCCCCAGGUAGUUCCCAUCCCCAGUGUAAAUGAUAUCUACCAGUGAUCCAGCAAAUGUAAUCUUUUUUAAAGGUAUUGUUAAUAAAUAUUCUGUCAUUUGUAAAGAUA